GGUACCUCCCCUCUACCCAUCGACAAUUCACAGAUCCAGGUAUCUUGCGGAUUUCUUCCCACAACACUACAACCGCAAUCAUGCAACGCCGUAUGUUAUCGAAGGAAGACGAAGCAGCAGUUGGCGCAGACGAGGUCGAAGUGCGAAGAGAAGAUCAAGACAAAAUCAAUCGGUUCAGUCGUUUACAUCAACGGGAAAUCGGACUGGAAGAUGAGUUGAAGUCCAAACAUAAAGAAAAGGAGGACCUCGACGACGUAUCGGGGGAACUUGAAUUGGCAGACGAAGAUGACAUGAUACCUUACAAAAUCGGAGAUUCAUUCAUCUCAUUACCACUACCAGAAGUACAAGAGCUCCUCACGAAAUCGACCGAGAACAUCGAGGAGGAAGUAAUAUUGGUCGAAGAAAAGCUUAGCACGAUUAGGGAGGAAAUGACACAACUGAAGGUGGAAUUAUAUGCCAGAUUUGGCAGGAGUAUUAAUCUGGAAACAUAGAAUGUCGAGAUAAUUUUCAUAGGAACACCCAGAGGAUCCAUCAAAGCUCCAUAACAUAUUCCGCGCGGUGACCUAAUCACAACAAGUGGCCCGGGAGAGUCAAACGGCACAUGUCAUGUCACAUAGACUCUGAGCAACUCAUCCGACAACAUCUACCGACAAGAAUCAGCUUCCACAUUUUUCUUUAUCCCUGAACCACCCUUAUCCACUGAAUGAUCCUGGUCAAUCCGUCAAUUUACAUUAAACUGCCGACGACGAGGUUGGCUUCUCCUGCAUUGAAGUAAUAAAUCUGCA